CAGCAACGGUUGGCUAUUUCAGUCGUUUCUCUGCCGCUCAACCGUUCGGUUGCUGCCCGUUGUUGCUGCGCGCCUAUCGAUAUCGAUAAACGUAGGUGUGUCUGCAGUGCACCUGUGUGCGUCUAUGUGUCAGCAGUGCAGUUUUCCUAUUUAUCCCGAAUUCUGUGAGAAAUGUGAUUUGGAAGUAUUUUAAACGUGCCAUUAAUCGCUCUGCGCAACCAGAACCCAGCGGCUCAACUGAAAAUCGAAAGCAGUUGCUGCACACAUCCAACGCUGCAGUUUGUUUAUAUCUGAGCCCAGGAGCCCACCGAUCCGAUCCCAGACCCACGAUGUCGUACUACGCGGAGCGAUCCCUGUCCCUGCUCUACCCGCUGGCCAUAGUGUCCUCGCUGGUCUGCUGCAUCACCUCGGCGGUGGCCUGGUCGCACUGGCAGUACGUGCUCAACGCCUGCCCGUACACCAACUGCGGCUGCGUGCUGCACGGGAAGAGCACCUUCAACAGCUUCGAGGGCGGCAACAUCGCCUACUGCCACUUCGCCACCUACGGCCUCCUGCUGCCCCUGCUCUUCGCCGUCGUGCUGGGCAUCUACCACGGCUACCGCAUGUGCAUUGGGCGUGGCAAGCCCAAGGCGGGCACGGCCACCAUUCGGCAGCGCUCCGGCGACAUGAUCGUGGUGACCACCGAGUCGGAACUCACGCCCGAUGGCCUCUCGCCCUACUACUGGCUGCCCGCCACCGUCAUCUCGACGAUAAUGGCCGUGUACCAGCUGGUCUACUCGGCCGUAUUCACGGACGGAUUCGAGGUGACCUGCAAGCAUUACAGGGAGGCGCUGCUGAAGGAGAUCCAGGGCGUGGGCAACAUAGUGCCCGUGAUCAAGUCGCGUCUCUCCUGCGCGGCCGUCUUCGACUUCAUGGACUACCUGGUGGAGAGCGUUUCGUACGAGCGGCGGCGCUACGGGCGCAUCAACACCGCCGCCUGCCUCUACUUCACCCUGGUCUUCGCCUGGAUCGCCCUGUUCGCCUGGCUGCUCAUCUGUGUGCUCAACGUCGUCCACCUGCGGCGCACGAAGGCCGCCCGCGUUUGAAAUCGUGCCAUGCACCGGGAGCAGCGCAUUCCUGGCCACUUACACUAGGAACCGAUGAACUAUAAGCCACACUUCACCGCACAUUCCCCUUUAACUUAUUUAUUUGUAGACACACAGCCAGAACGUCCACGUUAUGAACGCAUGUACAAAUAUAUGUAUGAACAACGAGCGGUUGUCCAGAUCGCAAGCCUUUUUACGAUAUAUAAUGCCUAAUAUAUAUAUAUGUAUACAAAGUGGAGUACACUUUGAAUUUGAAUAUAAAUACACAAUUUCUGCAUUGUUAAGCUUAUGUAUUUAUGCAAACUUGGCAUUUGAAAUCACAGUUUAUAGAUGGAUAAUUUCUGCAUUGUUUAAACUUAUUUAAAUUAAACUAAUGCAAAUUUACUUCGCAUAAAAAGACAUUUUUACGAUAUGCCUAAUAAAUAUAUAUG